AUGUCGAGAGAAUCGCCGGUGAGCGUCACGGGCUAUGUACACUUUGGGGACUCAUACGCCGCUGGCAUGGGCACAGGAUCGACCUCGCGGGAUAGUUGCCGUGUGGGUUCAAACAACUACGGGAAACUUCUCUACAACUACCUGAAUGAUUCCAGCAUCCCUUUUGCGAAUUAUGCAUGCUCGGGAGACACCACGACUGGACUAGCUAACCAAGUCAAGAAGUGGAAAGACACCAUCUCACCUAAUCUCGGCACGUUAACAAUGGGAGGAAAUGACGUAGGAUUCAGUGAUAUCAUCCGCAACUGCAUAACCUGGGAGUUACCUACGGGCUAUCCAGCGUGGUUUCAAGCCCAGUGUGAGGUGGUAAAGGACAAGGCUAGGUCCAUCCUAAGCGAUACCAGCUCAUUAGGAAUGAGGAACAAGCUCAAGGAAGCCUACCUCGGUAUUCUCAACGCCUCCCUCAACGAUGAUUUCAUGCUCUAUGUCACUGGUUAUGUCGGUUUCUUUAAUUACGACACCACUAUCGGUGACCUGACCACCUUCGACUUUUGGUGGUCCUCAUAUAACCCCAGUUUACCGCACGACGUCCUUUCUUCUUUGACAACCGCUUUACGAAAAGAAUUAGACGACUUAGUGGACCAGAUGAAUCAAGUCAUCCAGCAGGCAAUCAAAGUUGCCAACUCGGCAUAUGGCUUUACUCGCGUGACCUAUGUCGAUAUGCAGCCUUCCUUCGACACGCAUCGGUUUUGCGAGGAAGGUGUCUAUGAACCCAGUCCUAAUCGGGGUGAGACGUUUUUCUUCCUCAGUGGGUGGGAUGAUUAUCCACAUGAGCACGACGAGCUGGUCACUGUUGAGGCCGAGACUGCCGCUAUUGAAGCGGCCGAGAUGGUCCAGAUGAUGUCUUUGGGCAGCAUUCCCAUCGCCGACGCUGCGACCUGCAAUACCACCCUGGGAACCGACCCCGAUCCUUAUGCUGUGGUGAUGUGUGACGCGGCCAUUUCCGUCUCCAUGGAGCCGGAUGGUAAGAUAGCUCAGCUUCUCGCACAAGCCAAUGCCGACAUUGCCAGUGGGAACUACAGCAGCACCGCUAUCACAUGGUGGUUACCGACCCGCCAAAUCAAGACCUUCCAUCCACGCUCCGACGGGAUUUUUGCCUUCCGCGAUGCCGUCUGGGCCGCAAUCCAAGCCAAUACCUAA